AUGUCGCACGCGAUGGCUGUCAGCGACUCCAACAACCAAAAUGACGUCGACAUCGGGCCUUCGUCAGCACCAGCAACCGCAAUAAACCAAUCUGAUGUAUCAGAAAAACCGACUUUAGUCGAGCCAGUCGACACAGCAAUCGACAAUCACUCCAUAUCAAGCACGUCAACAGACUCAGAUUCCAUACACUCGAAUCCUACCCACGACCGCCCCGCUAUCCACCAGACAUGGAGUCGCAACACUGGCUACUCUUGGCCCGGCGACAAGGACUGCGGAGUCACGACGGUAGUCACAAAUGCCACCCAAGACCCGCGAUUUGAAGUCAAUUUCGACAACAAUGGCGAAAACCCGCAGGACUGGCCCAUGGCCAAGAAAGCCCUUGUCACCUUCUUCAUGAGCUACUCGACCCUCGUUGUCGUCAUGUUCUCAACCAGCUACACCAGUGGAAUACCUGGCAUGAUGGAAACCUUCAACAUACAAUCCAAAACUCUCCUCAUCUUGGGUCUGACCACCUAUCUUAUCGGUCUCGCAAUCGGAUCUCUGCUCAUGGCUCCGCUGUCAGAAAUGUACGGUCGUCGACCCGUCUACCUCGUCGCCGUCGCCGCAUUCACAAUCCUCAUUAUCCCAUGUGCCCUGUCCAACAACCUGCCCCAAAUCCUCGUCUUGCGCUUCUUUGGCGCAAUCGCAGGCGCCGCCAUGAUAUCGAACGCUCCAGGCACAGUCUCCGACAUCGUUUCCGACGAUUACCGCGCCCUCGCCUUUUCCAUCUGGUCUCUAGGGCCAAUGAACGGUCCAGUACUGGGGCCGAUCCUUGGUGGCUUCGUCUUCGAAGCACUCGGCUGGCGCUGGACAAACUGGGUCGUGAUGAUUGGCUCAGGUACAUCAUGGUUCAUGGUAUUCCUAGUCAGCGAAACCUACGCACCCGCCAUCCUCCGUCGCAAAUCCCUCCGAAAGCGCAAGGAAACAGGAGACGAGCGGUGGUACUCGCGCUACGACGACAAGAAACUCUUCUGGCCGCUCCUCCGCGAAAACCUCUACCGCCCCUUGUCCAUGGCCGUCAGAGAACCCAUUUGCAUCUUCUGGAACGUAUACAUAGCAUUGGUUUACGGAGUGCUCUACUUGUGCUUCGUAAGCUAUCCCAUUGUCUUUGGCGAGCUGCGCGGCUGGGGCCCCGGCUUGGUGGGACUCGGAUACCUAGGCAUUGGCGUCGGCGGCGUCAUCACGAUAGCCUGUGAACCGCUGCUCCGCCGGAUGAUCAACGCGCACGCCAAGGAUCCUGAGACGGGUAAACCGUUCCCAGAGGCCAUGGUGAGCGUCGUGUGCAUCGCCGCCGUCCUUGUCCCCGUUGGCGAAAUGAUCUUCGCAUGGACGUGCACGCCCAACGUACACUGGAUUGCCCCGCUUCUCGCAGGCGUGCCCUUUGGCGCAGGAAAUGCAGGCGUUUUCAUCUACGCUUCAAACUACCUCGUCCACAGCUACGGCAUCUACGCCGCCAGCGCGCUCGCAGGCAACGCCGUGCUGCGCUCUGUAAUGGGCGGUGCGUUGCCGCUCGCUGGCCCUAGCAUGUACAGCACUCUCGGUCCGCACUGGAGCGCCACCAUGCUGAGUCUGAUUGAGUUUGCCAUGAUUCCCAUCCCCGUCGUAUUUUAUCUGUUUGGCAGCAAGAUUCGCGAGAAGAGCGGGCUGAUUCGCAGUAUGAGGGAGGAUAGGGAGAAGUUGGAGGGAAGGAAGAGGAGGGCGGUGGAGAAGAGUUUGGCAAGAUCGGGGAGUGUGGGAGGGAAGGAGAAGGGGGAAGUUUGA